GUACCUGCUAUAUGGGUUAUUUUCUUAAAGUCCGCAUGGCUAUUAUUUUCGAGGAAAACAACACGUAGCCAAUAAUUAAGUGCAUUUCUUCAAUGUCUUUACGCAAAUAAUUAUAUUGAACUACCAAAAGUAUAUUUUUAGCCAAUUCUGAAGAAAUAACCAACUAUUUCUUGCUUCAUGUGCCGCUGUAAUUGGAAACGCGGUUUGUCUUUCUAUGCUCGCCGUGAUCCGCUGAUAUGCAGGUGAAAGGGACAGUGUAGCAGUCACGAUGGAUGUGAAACAGGCAAAACAAGAGCAUCUGCUCGCGUUAAAAGUGAUGAGACUGACCAAACCUACACUUUUCAUGAACAUGCCGGUAACGUGCGAGGACCGAGAUCUUCCAGGUGAUUUGUUUUUAUGUCUCAUGAAAGACGACCCAUCUACUGUGAAGGGGGCAGAAUCACUAAUCCUUGGGGAAAUGCUCACCCUGCCACAGAAUUUUGGAAAUAUUUUUCUUGGUGAGACCUUCUCCAGUUACAUCAGUGUGCACAACGACAGCAAUCAAGUGGUCAAAGAUAUUCUCGUAAAGGCGGAUCUGCAGACGAGCUCCCAGAGGUUAAAUUUAUCUGCUUCAAAUUCUGCGGUUUCAGAACUCAAGCCAGAGUGCUGCAUUGAUGAUGUCAUCCAUCACGAAGUCAAGGAGAUCGGAACACACAUCUUGGUCUGUGCGGUCAGCUACACCGCUCAGUCUGGAGAGAAGCUGUACUUUAGGAAGUUCUUUAAAUUUCAGGUUCUCAAGCCUCUAGAUGUAAAAACCAAAUUCUACAAUGCUGAGAGUGACCUCAGUUCAGUGACAGAUGAGGUGUUUUUAGAGGCACAGAUCCAGAACAUCACCACGUCACCAAUGUGCAUGGAGAAAGUGUCUCUGGAACCUUCUAUAAUGUACAGCGUCACUGAGCUCAACAAUGUGACCUCUGCAGAUGAGAGCUCUAUUGUUUUGUGUUUCUACUGUGAUUCUACAUUUGGGAAGAUGUCUUAUCUGCAGCCUUUAGACACAAGGCAGUAUUUGUACUGUUUAAAGCCAAAGCCAGAGGAUGCAGAGAAGGCCGGAGUCAUAAAGGGGGUGACCGUAAUCGGCAAACUAGACAUUGUAUGGAAAACCAACCUUGGGGAGAGGGGACGACUACAGACCAGUCAACUACAGAGAAUGGCUUCUGGUUAUGGUGAUGUAAGGCUUUCCCUCGAGCUAAUCCCAGACACUGUCAAUCUAGAGGAACCCUUUGACAUCACAUGUAAAAUCACAAACUGCAGUGAGAGGACUAUGGAUCUGCUACUAGAGAUGUGUAAUACUCGUUCCAUCCACUGGUGCGGGGUGUCAGGCAGACAGCUGGGAAAUCUCUCCAUUCAACUCAAACUCGUGUCAUCUGUUCAAGGCUUACAGAGCAUAUCAGGACGGAGAGUAACGGAUACCUUCCUGAAAAGAACGUAUGAAUAUGAUGACAUUGCACAGGUCUGUGUGGUGUGUCCUUACACAAGUCCAGAAAGCUGAAAACCAUGUGAAACUUUGCACUUUGUAUCUCAAUGGACCAACUUCUCAAAUCUGCCUGGACCUAUUAAUCACCUUUUGUUGUAAUGGUAAAGGUGGUUGUUUUAAAAUGUAAUUUUUAAAGCCCGUAAUCAUGAUUUUAAGUGUCUGUCAAUGUGAAUAAACACUUAAAUAAAAAAAUCAGGAUUCUGUAUUGUGAUAAAACAGGUUUGCUACAUCAAAUUUGGCUUAGAAGGAUACAUCAAAGUUCUGAGACGUGCUUUGCCGCUGAAUUAUUUUAGAUCUUAUGCUACAGAACUGGCUCCACUUUAGUUAGAAGUUUAUACAGAAUCAUUAAAGAAUGGAAAGAUUCCGCCAGCCAUGACACAAGGACAGAUCAGUCUGAUUCUUAAAAAGGACAAAGAUCCAAGUGAGUGUAAAAGUUACCGUCCAAUUUCCCUGAUCCAGUUUGGUGUAAAAAUUGUCAAAAACCUUGGCUAACAGAUUAAGUUAUGACAUCUCUUAUACAUACAGAUCAGGUGGGGUUUAUUCAAGGCCGUCGCUCUUCUGACAGCAUUAGGCGUUUCAUUAAUAUCAUGUGGUCAGUGGCAAAUUAUCAGACUCUGGUCGCGGCCAUCUUGCCACUUGAUGCCAAAAAGGCGUUUGAUAUGGUAGAAUGGGAUUAUCUUUUUAAGAUGUUGGAAAUAUACAGGUUCGGGGAGUCUUUUAUUGUAUGGAUUACGUUACUUUAUAGACACCUGGUUGUUGCGGUACAAACAAAUGGAUUAAUUUCAGAUUAUUUUACUCUGGAUAGGGGCACCUGGCAGGGUUGCCCGCUUUCCCCAUUAUUGUUCUGUCUUGCCCUGGAACCAUUAGCAGCCACGAUAAGAAGAGAAGAUAAUUUUCCAGGGGUGAUGGCGGGGGUUGUGGCA